AUGCCCGUCACAAAGUUCGCACACAAAGACCCUUACAGCUACCAGAUCGGCUUCGACUCACACCAUGAGAGUGAAGCAAUCACAGGAGCUCUACCAGUGGGGCAAAAUUCCCCACAAAAAGCACCAUUUGGACUAUACACAGAAAAGCUUUCCGGAACUUCCUUCACUGCACCCCGUUCUGAAAACAAACAGACGUGGGUCUAUAGGAUAAUCCCUGCUGCGGCUCAUCAGGCUUUCGCUGCCGAGCCCGUCAAUGCGUAUCCUACAGGGGUAGACGUUGAGGGUCGCAAGCACUACCUACCGACUCAGCUUCGAUGGGAUCCGUUUGACGUUGAUGAGUCUGUGGACUGGGUUCAUGGGCUGCACCUGAUUGCCGGAGCUGGCGACUCCACCUUGAAACAAGGACUAGGAAUCCUAGUGUAUGCAGCGGGGAAGAGCAUGACGAGGGAGGAAACCUUCUAUUCCGCAGACGGUGACUUUCUUAUUGUUCCACAGCAAGGGGUACUCGAUAUUCAGACAGAGCUGGGCCGACUCUUUGUUCAACCAAAUGAGAUUUGUGUCAUCCCUCGGGGUAUCAGGUACCGCGUAGAGCUUCCGGCAGGGCCUGUGCGGGGAUACGUCUGCGAAUUAUAUCAAGGGAAUUUCAAGCUUCCUGAGCUUGGUCCUAUUGGGUCCAACUGCCUUGCAAAUGCACGAGACUUCCAGGCACCUGUGGCUUUCUACGAUGCCACUGAGGAACAAGAAACGGUAUUCUACAUACGGUCCAAAUUCCAUCACAGAAUGUAUACCGCGGUGCAGGACCAUACACCUUUUGAUAUCGUCGCUUGGCAAGGUAGCUACUACCCCUACAAGUAUGAUUUGGGCCGAUUCAAUCCGAUGGGAUCGAUAUCGUUCGACCAUCCAGAUCCAUCCAUUUACACGGUGUUGACGGCCCCGUCGGACCAUGUAGGCACUGCCAUCGUGGAUUUUGCUAUCUUCCCCCCGCGCUGGUUGGUGGCGGAAGAUACCUUUCGCCCACCUUGGUAUCACCGCAAUAUCAUGUCCGAAUUCAUGGGUUUGAUCUAUGGGGCUUACGAUGCCAAGACUGAUGGUGGUUUCAAGCCUGCUGGAGCCAGUCUUCACAACAUCAUGAGCGGCCAUGGCCCCGAUGCCGAUGCGUUUGAAAAGGCAAGCAACAUGGAGCUUAAACCGAUGAAGGUCGGGGAGGGAAGUAUGGCGUUUAUGUUUGAAAGUUCGUUUAUGCUGGGUGUAACUCAGUGGGGGCUCCAGACAUGCGAAAAGGUCCAGUCAAACUAUAACGAGAGUACCUGGCAUAAGUUGAAACGACACUUUCAACCACCCAAAGCGUAG